UUAGUUAUAAUUAAUAAAUUAAAGUACACCAAAUAAAAAUUAAAAAAAAAAAAUUAGAGGAGAGAGAAAAUGAGGGAUCAUGCAAACCCACACCCAAACUGGUCGUCGAUGUAUCUUCUUCUUCACAUCUUCACUUGUUCUUCUUCAAUUUCUAUUUCUGUAAAAUUUUCCCCAAUUUUUCUGGGUUUUUAGGGUUUCAAUUCUUCACUUUUUGUGGCCGCUUUCUUUCUUUAUAGGGUAGUUCAGCAAGUGCUCAGUUGACAAGUGACCUGGAAGGAAGAAGAUAGUUAUUGGUGAUUCUUUGUUAUUAGGGAGUUUUAGUUUGCUGUUCUACUUUUGUGGGAUUUGAGUGUUUAGGUUUAAUUUUAGGUGGUAGAUUAGAGAAUUAGAAAGAGGGGAUGGAAGCGGCGAGGAGGUGUUUUACUGGGUUCAAAGUGAAAGAUAAAGGAAGAGGGGUGAAGAAGGAGGCUGCUGUUACAGUUGUCAAAGGGAAAGAAGGGAUGAAGGCUCCGGUUAGUGAGGACGCACCCUCCACCGCUACCAAGCAGAAAGUUGCAGCUGCUAAACAAUAUAUCGAGAAGCAUUAUCAGGAUCAGAUGAAGAAUUUGCAGCAAAGGAAGGAGCGGCGUGAUAUAUUGGAGAAGAAGUUGGCUGAUGCUGACGUUCCAAAGGAUGAGAAGAGUAAUAUACUUCAUUUUCUAGAGAAAAAGGAAAGAGAGUUUAUGCGACUGCAGAGGCAUAAAAUGGGAGCAGAUGACUUUGAACCAUUGACAAUGAUAGGAAAGGGUGCAUUUGGUGAGGUGAGAAUUUGCCGAGAAAAAUCGACUGGCCAUGUUUACGCUAUGAAGAAAUUGAAGAAAUCUGAGAUGCUCAGGAGAGGACAGGUGGAACAUGUAAAAGCCGAAAGAAACUUACUUGCAGAAGUUGACAGUAAUUGCAUUGUAAAGCUUUAUUGCUCCUUUCAAGAUGAUGAGUAUCUUUACCUCAUCAUGGAAUAUCUUCCUGGUGGGGAUAUGAUGACUUUACUCAUGCGUAAGGAUACACUAACUGAAGAUGAGGCUAGGUUUUAUGUUGCUGAAACUGUCCUUGCCAUUGAAUCCAUUCAUAAGCAUAAUUACAUACAUAGAGACAUCAAACCUGAUAAUUUACUACUUGAUAAAUACGGUCACAUGAAACUUUCGGACUUUGGAUUAUGUAAACCACUUGAUUGCCGAGGUCUUCAAGAGAAGGAUUUUUCUGUGGGAAGUAACUUAAGUGGAGCUCUUCAGAGUGAUGGACGGCCUGUAGCUCCAAAACGAUCACAGCAGGAGCAGUUACUACACUGGCAGAAGAACAGGAGAAUGCUUGCUUAUUCAACAGUUGGCACACCAGAUUACAUUGCCCCGGAAGUGCUGUUGAAGAAAGGAUAUGGCAUGGAAUGUGAUUGGUGGUCUUUGGGUGCUAUCAUGUAUGAAAUGCUCGUUGGAUAUCCACCUUUUUAUUCAGAUGAUCCUAUGUCGACUUGUAGGAAGAUUGUUAAUUGGAGACAUCAUCUAAAAUUUCCGGAAGAAGCUAGGCUGUCCCGGGAAGCAAAAGAUCUUAUAUGUAAACUCCUUUGCAAUGUUGAGCAACGGCUUGGAACCAAAGGUGCAGAUGAAAUAAAGGCACAUCCAUGGUUUAAGGGUGUCGAUUGGGACAAAUUAUAUCAAAUAGAAGCUGCAUUUCUUCCUGAAGUAAAUGAUGAACUGGAUACACAAAACUUUGAAAAAUUUGAAGAGACGGACAAGCAAGCUCAUCCUGCUAACUCGAAGUCUGGUCCAUGGAGAAAGAUGCUCUCAUCAAAGGAUGUCAACUUUGUUGGAUAUACAUACAAAAAUUUUGAAAUCGUCAAUGAUCAUGAAGUACCUGGAAUAUCUGAAAUAAAGAAAAAGAGUACUAAACCCAAGAGGCCAACGAUCAAAUCUCUUUUUGAUGAUGAUUCACAGACCUCGUCAAAGCAGCCUGCUCAAGGGAGUUUCCUCAAUCUUUUGCCGCCUCACCCUGAAGUUCCUGAGAAACAGGGCGACUCCUUGUAAAUCUUGCUAACUUCUCUUGAUAUCAGAUAUGAUCAAAUAGGUUUUCUUAGUGUUGAUUUUGAAGCGGACAGUUUUGGUUCAUUGACUGCUGCACAUUGGCUCUGUGGAUGCAUAGAAAAGAGACGCUUUGGGAAGGGUUCAGGGCAAAGGCCCGAAUAUAGAGUGAUUAUUUGGACCUUGAAUUUGAUGUCAAUCUCUUGUAAAUUAAUAGCCCAAAGUGUAUAUGUUUAUAUUCAGUCGAUUGUUUUUGCUGUGUUCUCAAAAAAUGAUAGUUACAGCAUAGUAGCCAUCUCCUCCAAAAAGAACAAAUUGUAAUUAUUUUUUAAAUUGAUUGACCACAUUAACAUUAUGUCGUUGUGCAAAAGUCUACGUUUGUAAAGCCUGUUUCCCCUCCUUGUGCUUGAA